ACCCACUGCUCUGCCUGUUGGAGACUAAUAAUGACUAGGUACUUUGAUUACCUGUGCCUCACCUAUACCUACGCAUCGCUGAAAACAGGAGACAUCCCAAGAAGGAAGGUGCUCUGCUUUGUAUAAGACUGUUUUAGGGGUUCAUAUCCAUGGCAGACAGAUAAAUAGGGGGAUAGCAUUGAAAUGUUUCAGCAGAAGCUCCGUCAGUUUGAAGAUCACGCACUGCGCAUGAUAUAUAAAUAUUUCCAAGAUGAUCUGCUCUACAUCGUGGAGAACUUGAAUCUGUACUCACUCUUGGAUCAACUAAAUUUGCAAAAUAUCCCAGAAGUUACGAAAUACAAGGAUCUAGAAAAAGAUGUGGUCCGGAUAUUGCUAGAUGAUAUUUUCAAACUUGGAAGAGAAGCUGUGAUAGGUUUGUGGGUCAGUCUUUAUGUCCUACGAAAGGAACAUCAGCUUCCCAGCUUAGAAGCUGUGCUUGAAGAACUCUGUCAAAAAGUGACACUGUAGGAAAUGGACGAAGCGGCUGCUGGGCCUUGUCUGACCAGUCCCGGGAGCGGAGGUGAGCCGACCAGUCCCGGGAGCGGAGGUGAGCCGACCAGUCCCGGGAGCGGAGGGGAGCCGACCAGUCCCGAGAGCGGAGGGGAGCCGACCAGUCCCAAGAGCGGAGGUGAGCCGACCAGUCCCGGGAGCGGAGGGGAGCCGACCAGUCCCGGGAGCGGAGCGGAGGGGAGCCGACCAGUCCCGGGAGCGGAGUACUACCGCGGAGGUGAGCCGACCAGUCCCGGGAGCGGAGGUGAGCCGACCAGUCCCGGGAGCGGAGGUGAGCCGACCAGUCCCGGGAGCGGAGGUGAGCCGACCAGUCCCGGGAGCGAAGGGGAGCCGACCAGUCCCGGGAGCGGAGGGGAGCCGACCAGUCCCGGGAGCGGAGGGGAGCUGACCAGUCCCGAGAGCGGAGGGGAGCCGACCAGUCCCGAGAGCGGAGGUGAGCCGACCAGUCCCGGGAGCGGAGGGGAGCCGACCAGUCCCGGGAGCGGAGCGGAGGGGAGCCGACCAGAGCCGACCAGUCCCGGGAGCGGAGCCUCCAUUUUUCCGCAUAAAUAUCGGGACAUCCUGUGGUCACACUGUGGUAUUACACUUCAGUCAGUACUACCGCGGAGGUGAGCCGACCAGUCCCGGGAGCGGAGGUGAGCCGACCAGUCCCGGGAGCGGAGGUGAGCCGACCAGUCCCGGGAGCGAAGGGGAGCCGACCAGUCCCGGGAGCGGAGGGGAGCCGACCAGUCCCGGGAGCGGAGGGGAGCCGACCAGUCCCGAGAGCGGAGGGGAGCCGACCAGUCCCGAGAGCGGAGGUGAGCCGACCAGUCCCGAGAGCGGAGGUGAGCCGACCAGUCCCGGGAGCGGAGGGGAGCCGACCAGUCCCGGGAGCGGAGCGGAGGGGAGCCGACCAGAGCCGACCAGUCCCGGGAGCGGAGGUGAGUGCACAUGAAGUGCAAAGACGUUUCAAAAAUCUGCUGUGGGGCCCAGUCAGUUCUAGUUAGGCCACGGCACUGUAUGUAUACAGUAAAUGAUGCUACCCUGUGCCACAGUAUACAUACAAAUAACAUUUGCCAAUAAUAGCACCUGUAGUACUGCAGUAAACUGUGCACACGGGUAAUGCCGCCACAUUCUGUGCCCACAGAGAAGUCUGCGCUAUACCCUGCAUACGCGUAAUGGCGUAUAAUCCUACAUCAAAUGAGUAGGUGGCCAAUACUCAACCAGUGCUAAUGUCCCAGAGGCCGCCUCUCCUUAGAGACACACGUUCACUGCCGGUUAGCAGUGUUCCUUCCCAGAAUAUGUUGUGCACGUCCACCUUUCACAGUGUCCCGGUUCCCACUGCUUCCUGUCUCUGAUGUACACACGCAUGCCUGGCCUAC